AUGAGGGUUCUGACAUCCAACUUCUUCGCGCUGCUCUUCCUGGGCGCAUUUGCGGGCGUUUUCUACGUGUGGAGCUCACUCGAGGACCGCUUGGAACGACACAAACGGGGAUUCACGGUCCCGGGCGGUGGGUCGUUCUACCCCAAACUCCCCGUGGAUCUUUCCGCUAAAACUUUUCGCACUCUUCUCGCUGUCCCGGCGGCACAUCGUACCCAAAUCAAGGUUGGCAACAUAAGUGAGAAACCAGCGGGAGGUCACCAUGACAAUGUGAAUGGGAAUAAGACGACCUCAUUGGCGGGGCCGCUCGAGUUUGACUCCCCCGUGGAGGAUGGCGUAUUUUGGAGCACCUGGCUGGAGGAUCUAGUUCCAGUGGGCUUCCCAGAGGAAUAUGCCCGGGCUUGGCGAGAAAGGGCGAGGGAAUCGCGGGUCGUGAAACUGGAGCCCGGAUGCGGCAGGGUAUCCAAUCAGCUCGCCACUUUCGCGGAUGGAUCCAAAGCGUGUGUGCGCUACGGAAUAAACGCGGAUCAGGUGCAAGGUGAAACUUUGACCUAUUACCUUGCUUGUUUGUUGGGGAUCCCCAACGUGCCUCCUUUGGUACUCUCCCAGCUGAACACGUACAGUGAGCAAUGGGGAGAGGUGAGGACACGCGUAAGUGCAUUACAAUGGAGCGAGCACACCGUCGUUUCUCUCACCGUGUGGCUCUCCAACCUGAGCGGGGUGGUCACACCUGCUCCGCUACGGCCGGAGAAAAGCGGGCUGCACCGCGAGCUCCGGAACAAGACUACGGAGGAGCUCGUGGAACUCGUGCAGUGGAGUGAUUUGAUCUUAUUUGACUACAUUUCAGCCAAUUUUGACAGGCUGGUGAGCAAUCUGUUCAGUUUGCAGUGGGAUGCGCGAGUCAUGGAGAGGGACACGAACAAUCUCCUGAAGGCGCCCCGUGGUGACCUCGUCUUCAUUGACAAUGAGGCCGGGCUGGUGCACGGCUUCCGGGUGUUGAGCAUGUGGGAGCAAUAUCAUCAGACGGUUCUGAGCUCCGUUUGCGUGUUCAGGAAGAAGACCGCGCAGCGUGUGGCCGAGCUCCACCAACGCAGAGAUGUCAGGAAAAGGCUCCUGGAGCUCUACAGAGAAAGUGAACCCUUGGCAGCCAAAUUGGGCUUUCUCUCUGACGAUCACGCAGCUAUCCUCCAGGACAGGAUAGACAGAGUAUACAAGCAAAUUUUGCGAUGUAAGGAGAAGUACGGCAAACUAUGA